GGCGCUUGCGUAGUUUGAUAUUUAGUAAAUGGUAUUAUAUGUGAUGUAUUGUGAUUGUGUUGUUAGAUUUUGUUGCACUGCUAUUAACUAAUCACAACGUUUUAAUCCAUUAUUGUAUUUAUAUUAUAUUAUUUUUCUGUUUUACUAUAAUCUGGUUUCAGUGUUUGUAAUGGCAACCCGUGGAGGUGUCCAAAGAGUAAAUGGAUCUACACAAGGAAAAAUCUUUCAAUAUAAAUUGGUACUUCUGGGAGAAUCUGCUGUUGGUAAAUCAAGCUUAGUUUUACGUUUUGUUAAGGGUCAAUUCCAUGAGUAUCAAGAAAGCACCAUUGGAGCUGCAUUCCUAACCCAAACUCUAUGUCUGGAUGACACAACUGUCAAAUUCGAGAUCUGGGACACUGCUGGUCAAGAAAGGUACCAAAGCUUAGCUCCUAUGUAUUAUAGAGGCGCUCAAGCAGCUAUUGUCGUCUAUGAUAUAACAAAUCAGGAUACAUUCAACCGAGCAAAGACGUGGGUUAAGGAACUGCAACGUCAAGCAAGCCCUAAUAUCGUGAUAGCUUUGGCUGGUAACAAGUCUGAUUUGGCUAGAAAGCGAGCCGUUGAGAUGGAACAGGCUCAAGUCUAUGCUGAAGAAAACAAUCUUCUUUUCAUGGAGACAUCAGCCAAAACAGCUAUGAAUGUGAAUGAAAUCUUUUUGGAGAUAGCUAAAAAGCUACCAAAAAGUGAUCAAAGCAGUGCCGGAGGUGGAUCAGGAUCGGGUAGACCUGGAGUUGAUUUGACUCAAUCCAGUCAAAACACAAGCAGUGGAUGUUGCAAAUCCUAAGAAAAAAGUUUAGGAAAAGAAGAUCCUAUUUGUGUAACUUGUGAACAGAAUCCUUUUCUGAUUUUGUUUUCUCUUUCCUUCUCUUUCUCCUUUUCUUCCCUUAUUCCUGUUUGAUUUUUCACUUUUCUGUCUCCGUUUAACUUUUCAUCGCAUACAAAAAUCCAUAUUAAUAUAAAUUAAAUAAUAAUUCCGGUAAAAAAAGAA